AUGCCUCAUCGCUUUACAACUGCGGCUCAUGGAGAAGCUCUUGCUGUUCGCACAACUUUGUCCAAGGCCAUCUCUUUAGGUUGCACUCAUCUGCAAGUGGAAUCAGAUAACAGUGAGGUUAUCAAAUUUCUGCAGGGUGCUGACAGCUUACCACCACUAGAUGCGGCAAUUGCUAUUGCUAAUUGCAUCUCUCUCUGUUCCUCUUUUGCUUCUAUUUCAUUCCACUUUGUUCCAAGGGAUCUGAAUUCUGAGCCAGAAGAAAGCCAGAAACAUUUAGGAAGGUUCAUCGAAUCACCAUCUGGAUCUGCUGAUCUCUUAGAGGAAGUCCAUCAGGUUCCAAUGCCUUGCUUUAAGCCUAUUGAUACCCCUAUGGAUCCUCAUCUGCAACUUGGAGUCAGUGAUGAUAAAGAUUUUGUGGACAAACACUUGUACACAAUAUUAGUUGGUAAGCUCAUCUAUCUUACUACCACUAGACCUGACAUAUUGUUUGCAAUUGGUGUCAUUAAUCAGUUCAUGGAGAAACUUAAAUAG